AUGGGGCGAGAAAACGGGCAUCGACGGCGUCCAUACCCGACCAUGUUCUCUCGCAAACCGACCAAUCUCUUCGCCCUCAUCUUGCUCUUCCUCAUUGGCGCCUCCAUUUUCAAAGUCGAGUUGGGACAGGGCCCCUUUGACCCGAGAUCGCUGUACCGCCUGGACUACCAACAUAAAGAGCCCGAUUACUGGGACUGGGAGACCACCACCCGCUUUUCUCGCGUCCAGAAUUACCAAGUCUCUGAUGACCAUAUCUGCGAUUCGUUUCCAACCUAUUUACUGCCGCGCAUCCAAGUCGUGCUGAAGAUCGGCGCUUCCGAGCCGCUGGACCGCGUCAACGCUCAUCUGUCCACCGUCACUCGCUGCAUCUCCAACCUCAUCGUCGUCUCCGACCGCGAGUCCGAAAUUAAGGGUCACCACGUUCACGACGUCUUGGCCACGCUUCCCGCGUCUUUUCGAGCCAAUGUGUCCGAUUUCGAAGCAUACGAUUCCAUCCAAAACGGCAGACUGAAGUCCGUGGCAGGGCCCCAGGGUUGGCGACUCGACCGUUUCAAGUUCCUGCCGAUGGUUGAGCGGGCGCAUGAGAUCAACCCGACCGCGGACUGGUUCGUCUUCAUCGAAUCAGACACCUAUGUCGUCUGGGACAACAUGUUUCGCCUGUUGGAUCAAUUCGACCCCCAUUCUCCGUUGUACAUGGGAUCUCCCUCCCCCGGACGAGCUCUAGACCACGACGAAAUCUCGUAUUUUGCCUAUGGCGGAUCUGGCUUCGUCCUCUCCACCGCUGCGGUCCAGAAACUGGUCGCGCGAGAGACUGGAUUCCAUAAGGAAUAUACGGAGCCUCCGCUCAGCCAGCAAUACGAAGAUUUGAUCAAGGCUGACUGCUGUGGCGACUCGAUUCUCGGCUGGGCUUUGCACGAGAAAGGUGUGGAACUCUCAGGAUUCUGGCCCAUGUUCAACCCGCACCCGCUGCAUGGUAUCCCAUUCGACGAAGUGCACUGGUGCCAGCCCGUCAUCAGCAUGCACAAGACCUUGAUCUCGGAUAUGACUGGCUUGAUGCACUAUGAGAACCAACGCGAUCGCAGUGAACCUCUUCUGUAUGCCGAUCUGCUCGAGUACUUGCAGUUGGGCACAUUCGACGAACGAGUGGACUGGGAUAACGGCGAUUGGGGUGGCUGGCAGGAGCCUCCCGAGUCCCCCGGACAUGCAUCCUUCGAUGCUUGUCGGACCGCGUGCCACGAUCACCCCGAGUGUCUCAGCUUCACGUACGAUUCGACCGGUCACUGCGUCUUUGUUCGGACGGUUCGCCUGGGGGCCAAGAAGCUGCUGGGGGAUGCCAACACACGGCUGUCAUCGGGAUGGGAUCUGGAGAAGAUUCAACACUGGCGCAAUUCCCACCAGUGCGAGAAGCCGCUGUGGGUGAAGCCUAGUACGACGCGCAAAUUUUGA